AUGCAAGAUAUGUUCAGUACUACGGCCCAGGAUCACCAGGGCAGUAUGGUCUCUCCCAGCUAUAUCACGAAGAACGUCACAGAGAUGAUUUAUAGCACGAUAGAAAGACACGAUACAGAACCGAGGUCGAUCAACAGCCAGAUUCACAAGAACCCGGAGCUAAGUUACGAAGAGUUCCUCGCCCACGACAACAUCGUCUCCCUCUUGCAGUCCCUCAACUUCAGAGUAACACCACAUGCCUACGGUCUAUCAACCGCCUUCGAAGCCGAAUAUGGUUUUAACGCCGAGUACGAUGCCCUGCCAGACAUCGGACACGCCUGCGGGCACAACUUAAUUGCCAUGUCUUCCAUAGCUGCAUUCAUCGGCCUUGCAUCCGCCCUCAAGGCUAGCAAUGUCCCUGGCAGAGUCCGUUUGCUGGGCACACCCGCUGAAGAGUAUGGCGGCGGGAAGUGCAAACUCAUCGAGGCGGGCGCCUAUCGAGACGUAGACGCUUGCUUGAUGGUCCACCCUACUACCGGCAUGGCAAUAGGGAAAUCCAGUACCACCACCUGUGAGUCAUGCGGCUGCAUUCCCACUGUCACCAAAUACGGCGGCCAAGCCUACACCAACUUCCUCGCAUACGACCAGUUCAACGCCCACUUCGCCGGCCGCCCUGCACACGCCGCGCUCGCUCCGUUUCAAGGUCUCAAUGCCCUUGACGCCGUCGUUCUGGCCUAUAAUGGCGUCAGCAUGCUCCGACAGCAGACUCGCCCCACAGAUCGGCUUCACUCUGUGAUCCUCGAUGGUGGCACAAUGCCCAACGCCAUCACUGCCUCAGCUACUACACAGUACUACGUCCGUAGCACGACCUCAUCGGAAGUAAACGCCCUGAAAGAUCGCGUCGUGGCCUGCCUCGAAGGCGCCGCCCUUGCCACCGGCACGACCCUUACGAUCGAGCACCUCAACAAGUACGCCGACAUGCGUCCCAACAAGACCAUCUGCACGCUCUACACUGACGCCAUGCGCGAAUUGGGCUCACGCGUCCUGCAUGAACCCGACACAGCCGAAGCGGGCCUCGGCUCGACGGACCAGGGCAAUGUUAGCUACGAGGUGCCUGCGUUUCACGGCGUCUUUGCGAUUCCGUGUCCGGAUGGGGUGUUCAAUCAUAUGCCGGACUUUACGGCGUGCGCGGGAACGAACGAGGCGUAUGAGGCGGCGGUGGUGUGUGCGAAGGGAAUAGCGGUUGUGGGGUGGAGGAUCUUGACGGAAGACGGGAUCGCUGAAAAAGUGAGAAGAGAAUUUGAGGAAGAUGUAAGGAAGAAAGGAAUGGACGGGUAG